GUAGCAGUGAACAAGAACCAAAUUAUAAACAAUACAUAGCCCAAGCUAAUCUUGGACCUACAUUGCCACUGAGUGAAAGCGCUUAACACCCCACUACAAGUUCGCUCCCAACCAUCAUCAUCGAUUCAUACAUAUUCUUGACUGAGGACUACUAGUUCUGGUAGUCUAGAGUCCAUGCUGGCAUGAGAUUCACUAUGUUACCUUCACCAUUAUCACUUUUCGCAACAUGGUUCGUGCUUCAAGCCGCUGCCGCUCCGGCCGCGGCGGCAGGCUCAAAGGUCCUGACCCCUCAAGAUUUUAAGGAGACUGUCGCAGAUGGGAUUUGGUUCAUCGAGCAUUUUUCCCCAUAUUGUCGUCAUUGUCGGAACUUUGAACCGACAUGGAACCGUGUAGUAGAUGAAUUUGAGAAGAAACCCAAUCUAGGGAUACAUAUGGCGCAGGUUAAUUGUGCGCUGAACGGGGACUUGUGCACCGAGAAUGGUGUUACAGGAUACCCUCAAAUGAACCUCUACCGGAACGGACAGUUCGUAGAGACCUUCACUGACGAACGCGACUUCAAUAUCCUUGUAGACUUCCUUCUUGCGCGUGCUGAACCUGUUGCGGAUUUCUUGUCAUCCUCUACUACGGUUGAGCAGGAGGAAUUGGCAGCCGAGAUUGUUCCAGUAGACGAGAAUUUGGUAAUUCAAACGUCGCAGGUGGAAUCCAACCCUUCAGGAGAGGUGGUAUCCUUAACUAGUGAGACAUUCGACAAUUUUGUGGCCCAGGCGCCUACAUUCGUCAAGUUCUUUGCGCCAUGGUGCGGACACUGCAAGAAACUCGCUCCAACGUGGAUGCAGGUUGCUCGUCGCAUGCAGCAUAAGCUCAAUAUCGCGGAAGUCAACUGUGAUGAGUUUAAGUCGCUAUGCUCGAAGCAAGGGGUUACAGGCUAUCCUAUGCUGUUCUACUAUUCUCACGGCGCAAAGACGGAGUACACAGGAAGUAGAAAAUACGAGCCACUUGUGGCUUUCGCUGACAAGGCAGCAUCUCCGACGAUGCAACAAAUAAGUGCUCAUGAUCUUGACAAGGUGGUUCAUGAAAAUCCUGUUGCGUAUGUCCUCCUACUUUCUUCAUCAAAUGAACAAAUUAUGAAUGAGGUCGCUAAAGACUCUCAAUUACUUCUCGGAUCACCCCCGAUUUUUGUAUCAUCUUCCAAGGAACUCUUUACCCGCUAUGAUAUCCCAACGACAGAAUCCUGGGUCAUCCUGUCUUUCAAAGAUAAUGACCCAAAGGAACCUAUCUCAGUCUUCGACUCAUCCAUUUCUGACAAGCUUAGCACUUGGCUCUUCGCCAACCGCCUCCCAACCUCCAUCGAGCUCUCACGUGAUGUGUUCCAACAGGUAAUGCAUGCUCCACAUAACCCACUCGUUGUAAUCACUGCGACGCCCAACGACAUCCAAAAUGAUGUCUCAUCGAAGUUAAACGAUAUCGCAAAGAAGUGGCGCCUGCGCAAGAACCGUGUUGGGAGACAGGAUGUAAUAUUCACGUGGAUGGACGCUGAUCAAUGGGGAAGUUGGAUGAAGAGUAUGUAUGGUGUGAAGGUCAAGGAUCAGCCGAAGGUGGUGGUUGCAGAUCAUAAUCGCCUGGUCUACUGGGAUAGGGAUACCACUGGGCAGCCUAUUCAACUUAACGCCGUCAGCAUAUUCUCUGCUAUUGAAGGAGUUUACGACAAUAAAAUACGUUCCAAGCACUCUGAGAAUAUCAUGGAGCGCAUUCUUAGGGCCUUCAACUCAAGUCUCACAAGCACUGAGGAUUUCAUCAUCGCCCAUCCGUACAUGGCCGUCCUGCUGAUUCUUGGAUUUUUGGCAGCGGUCAUUAUGGCGAUCAAGAGACUUUUGGAUGAUGAUACAGAUCUGCAGUCUGAGCAUAGGUACAUCAAGGGUGGUCGUCUGGAUUAAUUCAUGUAUACUUUUCUCGAACUCAAACGUGAAUUUACCAGGAG